AUGUACUUGCCCACAAUUAUUGCUGUCAUUGCUUUGGCUGCUCCCACCGCCUACUGCAGGCCUGGUGGAGAGUUCGACCUCGUCACCAGAGGGGGCAAGUGCCCUGGCGAUCAGGAGUGGUGUGGCUGGGAUAAGUCGUGCAAGUGUGACAACCUUCAUCAGUGGGACGACAGAAUCAAGAAGUGCCAUUACCCACCUCUGCAAAAGCCCGAUUGCAACAGGGGCCAGAAGCCAUACUGUGGCAGGGAGGAACGCGAUUGGUGCGAGUACGAUGACAAGAAUGACAAGUGUUGGCACGAUGGCCAUAACAAGGCAUUCUGUUGCGCCGAUGACCGUGACAGGGAUAACCAUCUCAAGGACAAGUUCGACCAUCAUGACAGGUGUCGGGAUACAGAGAUCUGGGACAGCGACGAAAGGAAGUGCAGGUGUCCGAACGGAAAAGUGUGGCGAGACAACAGAUGUCGACACAGGGCGAUGAACAGGCCCGACUGCAGAAACGGUGAAAAGCCAUACUGUGCAAAGAAUCAGCAUGACUGGUGCCCAUGGGAUGAGUCGAAGAGAGAGUGCUCGGAUACUGGCAGGCAUGUCACCUUCUGCUGCAAGGAAGGCAAGGAACAGCAGUGGUGCGAUAAUCACUGGGGAAAUUGA